CCCCACAUUGUACUUCCUGGCGUUUUUUCUUUCUUUUUUUUUGCAUUCUCUAUCUUUGCAGUCGUCAGUAGCUGUUGACUCCGACAAACCAAUCGCUGCGGAAAGGGUGCCUGGUACUGGGCGGACACUUCUUGUAGCACACGUUUGUCCCGAAGAGAGCUGCGGAGAGACUGCCAUCAGUUUCCACGGUGCGUCUGCGGCUCUGCUGACAUCAGACAGACAGGAAGGCAACGCGGCGAGUGGCAGCUCAACCGAAACAGGAAACUGCUGCAGCGGUGUUGUCACUGGCCUGGGAAUGACUGAAUUCUGGGUUUGUUUCAGCUGCUGUAUUGCGGAGCAGCCGCAGCCUAAACGGCGGCGGCGGAUCGACCGCUCCAUGAUCGGCGAGCCAACCAACUUUGUUCACACGACACACGUCGGGUCGGGCGACAUGGGCCUGGGAUUGCCGUCGGUGGAUCUGGUUCAGGCCCAGAUGAAGUCCAAAGGCGGCUACGUACACGGCGGCUCUGAAGGCUCACAAUUAUGAGUCCGUUCAAGUGCGGCAGAAACUACUACUGUUGUUUAUAGGAGGAAGCAGUUCACAGUCCGUCACGGACGCCGGACCAAAAGAUAAAAGUACUGCUCUUCCUUUAAUGUUGUAUAUAUAUUUUUUAUUUUCCAUUCCUUUUUUUUUUUUUAAUGAAAGCACUGCUAUCCAUUAGCUGCCAUGCUGUUGCACUGUAAAGAGGAGGCUUUAUUUAGUACGCUCGUCAUCAUCUCAGUCAGACGUAUGCUUGUGCGUGCGUGUGAGCGUGCGGGCGUGUGUGUAUGCAUGUGGAAAAUUCUGUCGCUCUCGUAGCCCACACGGAUGCCUGUAUUUAUUAUCGCAUUUGCAAACGGACCUCACGGUGGCUGGGCCACGCCCGAGACGUGGAACUUUCUGUUUCCGUCUUUUUUUUUUUUUCCUUUCUUUCUCUCUCUCUCAGAGGUUUGACCAAGGAUAGGUGGAGGUAGCAAAGCAAGAUGCUAGCUUUUUUUUUUCUUUUCUUUUGGUUUUCAGAGAAAUCUUAUGAUCCUCUGAGUUGUUUUCAGGGUUGAAGAUUGCUGUUUUCCACUAAACUUGAAUUGAGUCGUGUGCACUGGACCAUUUACCAUGUACACUCACGCCUGCUUAGGAAUUACGCUUUUUUUUUAUACUCAAAUAGAUUAAAAUCAUGUAGAAUUUUAAUAAACUAUGAACUUCCUUAUCUGUCUUCAUGUACUUAUUAUUUUGUAAGAUUUUUUUAAGCAGAGGCUUGUAGUAGAUUCUUGUUUUUGAAAUCUAGAAAAUCAUGCAAGCUGAUAUGAACUUGAAAGUAUCCCCACCGCACACAAGUGAGUGGGUCGGGUUCCACACAGAUGCCAGUGUUCUCCAUUUGGACCUGGUCAAUGUCCAUGUUUUUUCUUUUUUUUUUUUUUUAUCCACCAGAGUUUUUUCAUCUUAGCUCUUUUGUCAGCAGGGUAUGAUAAAAAAAAAAAAUGCGUCUUGGGUCACAGGCCAAAGGAAGAACAUUUGUGUGGCGCUCGCAUAUUUGUUUUGUGUAUGAUAUUUUAUAGAGAUAUUUUCUCUCUUAAUGACAACAUUAAAGCACAUGAGGGGAGUGGGCGUCAAUGAACUUGUACACUUUUAAGUACUGAUCCAAAUUAGGAUUGUUUGGCAAUUAUUAAUAUCUGCUCUUAACUGCGUGCCAUGAUGUCAUAUUUCCUCAAACAUAGGCCGAAGCUCUUUUUUUAAAAAAAAAAUUCUAUGAACCUUUAAAUGCAUUAUAAUUUCAUGUUUUAAUUCAAGUCUGAGAAAUUAUCUCAAAUACACCAACUUCCACUUUAGCAUCAUCCAUGUGUCUUGUAUACAAGGUUCAAAUUUGGAGGAAAUUGGACCUAAAAAAAAACCUACUAGGCUUUGCCUUGGGAAGAAAAAUUCAAGUGGCUCUACGAAGGCCAUAUUUGGUGGGACACUUUUCCACCAUGCUGCAAGUUUCAAAUUAGGUAGCAUAAAAUUGGCCAAACUGAACCUAACUCCAACUUGGUGCAAAAAUAAUUGACAAGUUGCUUGGUAAAACUGGGAAUGUUUCCCCACUUAAUAGUUUAAGUAGAUGUCGCACCCAGCCAAUUUAAUCGUUGGAGCGCAGGCCGCUAUUUGAGGAAAUAUGCAAGUUUUGCUCUGUCAGGCUAAAGCUACUAAAAGCUCUGCAGCCUCAUCACGGACCUACAAUCACAUCCGACCUCUUACUUUUGUCGUCAUACGACUCCAGCACAUUUGCUUCACAUUGAUUGUCGUAACGCGAUCGCUGGUUCAGUUUCAUCGUCUCGGCCUUAAUGAGAGCAGCUAUGGUAUGAAUGUUAACCGGCGCUAACGUUCUGUGCGCCGUUCAUUGCUCACCGGGAUCUUUUCAAUGCAUGCAUGCGCUUCUGUGUAUGUGUAUCUCCUGUGGUUGAACACGUGUCCAUCAGAAUGUAAUUGUACCAUAAAGCCAGCAAAACAUGUUAGUGUCUGUCUGUAGCAGGCAAUAGAAGAAAAUAUACCAGCCAGAGUCUUUAUAUCCAUUCUAAAAGAUAUUAUUGUCCCCAAGUCAGUCACCCCAGAAAAAAAAAUUGUAUUUACAGUGACCUGUUUCCCCAUUAUGACUUUUUUUUUUUUUAAGCUUUAAAGUAUGUAACCAUUUAUAGGAGUUCAAUAUUUUUCAUGUGGAAAGUUCUUCACAUUUGUUUUUCCCACCCCAUCUGCUGGUUUACAGUGGAUAGAAAAAGUCUUCAGUGCACAGCCCUGUUGAAAUCAAAAAUAAAAUUGAGGGAGUCGGCACACACCUGCCAACAUUUAGUUGCUGGUGUAGUAGAAUGUAUGAAGAAAAAUGUUAGGAAAAGCCUACUAAAACAUCUGAACUUUAUUUGGGGUUAGUCAGAGGCACCUUUAAACACCAGGUGUGAAUUCUGAACACAGACACAUCCUGGCUAUAAGAGGGUGUGCACACUUGUGCAACCACAUUCUCAAUUGUUUCAUUUUUACUCAACAUUGAGAUCUACAGGUUAUAGGUUACUUUUUUUAUUUUUUUUUUAUUUUGUGAUGAAAGUGUUGUCUCUUUUUCUGUCCAUUGUAAAUUUCAACUUGUGAACAGCAGGGUGUACUUGAGGGUUGAGUUGAAAGUAUUUUUUUUUUUAUUCCCCUUUUGAGUCGUAACAUUUGUUUCAUGCUGUAAGGCAACAAUAAGAAAUACAUAUACUUCUGUUUUAGUUACAUUUUCAAUGUUGUAUAAAUUGCGGGGCUGGAGCAGUCUUUUCCCACCUAAGGGCACUGUAUGACAUGUUCCUUCCAUUAAGAAAUAAGUCCAUCCUGUUUUUCAUUUCUGCAAAUGGGAAAUAAAUGUCACGUGUUGAUGUUUUA